UCUUUUUUCCGGGAGUAACAAGCUGCAUCAACAUUUUGGCUCACUCUUUGGCUGAUCCAGGUGAUGUGAUUAUGUCUCCUACACCUGUUUAUGGUCGGAUACCAUGUAAUCUUCAGCAGUUUUCUCUAGUGGAUAUGUGGCCAGUUCGAUUGACGAGCACUUUGAAGGAAAAAGAACAGUUUCCGUUUCAACUGACAUUACAAAGGAUUGAAGAGGAAUACAAAAGAGCUACAGAAGCUGGUAAAAAUGUUCGAGGCCUUAUUCUGUUAAAUCCUCAUAACCCACUUGGACAUGUUUACAGUUCCGAAAUGGUAUUGGAUAUACUUAACUUCUGUUGUAGGCACAGAAUACAUGCUAUUAUGGAUGAAGUGUAUGCACUUUCAGUUUAUGACAAAAACGUCAAAUUUAAAAGUACCUUGACACUGCCUAUUCCUGAUCCUGAAAGAACUCACAUUUUGUAUGGUUUAAGUAAGGAUUUUGCACUAGCAGGUUUUCGAAUAGGUGUUAUUUACACGAGAAACAAAUCCUUGCAAACAGUUUUGAAAGAGGGAUCCUCCUUUUGUACAAUACCAUCUUCAGUGAUGAACAUUAGUGCUUACUUAAUGGAAGACUUGCAAUGGUGUGAAACAUUUACUAAAGAGAAUUGUUCACGAUUGGCUAAGACUUAUCAACUGAGUAAAAACAAGCUAGAAAAGUUAGGCCUUCCUGUGUGUGAAUCAGCAGCAGGUUUCUUUUUGUGGGUGGACUUCAGACAGGAAAAACAAAAAGUUUAUGAAUGUUCUACAUCAAUAAUCAGGAGAAUAUCAUGUGAAACUGAAACUACUGGCUAUUCUCCACCUCGUUAUCAUAAAGCCCUGCAACAUGUUUCUGCAAGUGCUAACGUAUAA